AGAACAUCUCUUGCCCCGACCUUUAUUCUCUUGACCUUGCCACAACCGCCCCUUGUGAUCGCGAGUCCCAACCCUGACUGGGACAUAGUGGCCGGAACGAGCGUCCGCCAACGGAUCACACGCAUCGAAUCACCCCUCUCCUAUAACAAUGGCCCGAACAGAUUCUCCAGUAGAUGACUCGCCGCUCUCAUCCAUGUCCUCCUCCGAGGACGAGUUUCCCGACGAGGCGACCGAGGUCUUGGACGACGGGCCGCCCGCGAAGCGCCUCAAGAUCACGGCCCGCUCCAACACGCCGUCCGCCGCCGCGCAGGACCAUGACGCAGACCCGGACCCGCUCGAGGGCAUGUCCGACGUCUCCUCGGACACGGACGGCGACGUGCCCAGCUCGCCCGUCAAUGCGCGGCAGGAUGAGGAUGACUUCCAGGAGCAGAUCACCGUCUGCGCCUGGGAAGGCUGCAGGGCCGGGGACCUGGGCAACAUGGACAAGCUGGUAGAGCACAUCCACAACGACCACAUCGAAAGCCGGCAAAAGAAAUAUACGUGCGAAUGGGUCGGCUGCUCGAGGAAGAGCAUGCCGCACGCGAGUGGCUACGCGCUGAAGGCGCACAUGAGGAGCCACACGAGGGAGAAGCCGUUCUACUGCUACCUGCCGGAAUGCGACCGCGCCUUUACGAGGUCGGACGCGCUGGCCAAGCACAUGCGCACCGUGCACGAGACGGAGGCGCUGCGGCCGUCCGAUCCGGUGCCGAAGAGCAUGCAGGGCGCCGCGGGCGCGGGCAAGACCAAGAACCUCAAGAUCAUCAUCAAGACGCCGCAGUCGCACGCGGCCGGGCAGGACGACGCCGUCGACGACGGCAGCGCCGGCGACGACUCGUCCGCCGCCGACAUGUUCACCCCCCUGACCGAGGACCAGGGCUUCACGCCCCAGGAGCUCGCCAUGCCGCUCGAGCGCCUGGCCAAGCUGUGCCGCCUGCAGGUGCGGUGGGCCGAGGAGGAGGGCGAGCGGCUGCGCGCCGAGUGCGGCCGCUGGGAGGAGCUGUACAAGCAGGAGUGGCUCGAGAAGGAGGCGCUGCUCGACCAGGUGGUGCAGAGCGAGCAGGCCUGGUACGAGCAGCGGCGGAAGCUGCAGGGGGGUGACGCCGACGUCGCCGUGGCCGGCGGGGAGAAGUCCUUCGCGUGUGGAGAGUGGCACGUGCUGGGCAGAGUAUCGUGCAACACAUGCGAUGCGUGGGCCGGCAUGGAGGGCGACUGGGCGCCCUGA